AUGACAACUUCUAGAUGACAACAGACAUCUAAAAAUUUUUGAUUGAAAGUUUUUGUCAAAAAUAUUAAAAAUCAGAUAUAUUCAUAAUUUCGGCCCAUAAAAUUAGAUAACAAUGGUAGUUUUUAGUACCUUAAGACCUUUAUUGCGACUGCCAAUAUCAACUAUACAAAAUGAAGCAUCAAAACGAUUGAUGUCUGGACAUAGAACCUUUCCUCUUGCGCCUUCCAGAUUUCAAUACAUUAAAUUUAAGGAUCACUUUCAUUAUUAUUUAAUGCUAGGAAUAAUACCAUGUACGUUGGCAAUUUUCUUAGCUAAUGUAUUCAUUGGACCAUCGACUCUUUCCGAAAUACCAAAGGAUUAUACUCCUAAAGAGUGGGAAUACUUCAGAAAUCCCGUUACUAGAUUACUUGCGAAAUAUGUUACCCAAAGUCCACAACAAGAAUACGAAAAAUACCUAGCGUACGUGUUCCAGGAACAAGAGAGAACAAAAAUUAGAUUACUAGAAAACGAGAUUAAACAAAAAAUGGCAGAAAGAAAUGACUACCAAGCUUACUACUAUAGACCAGUUGCUGCUAAGUACCACAGAGUUAGUAGAGAAGCUGCUGAUUAUUUAGAAACUAUUAAAGGAGAGUAA